GCUGCUGCUGCUGUGGUACGGUGGCUGGGGUUCCCGAGAGAGGUCCCAGCCCUGCCAUGCUGCCUGCUGCUAGCCUCUGGAGCCCACAGUACAAAGGAAGGAGGGACUUGAGAUAAAGAGCUGCAAAGCUGGGGUGAGCUGCCAUGUGGAGCUGCGGCCCACUCAACAGCACAGCGUGGGGUGAUGAGCCGCUGUGCCGGAACCUGCGCCUGGGGCUGUGGGUCCUCUCGCUGCUCUACCUGGGGGCAGGUGUCCCCGUGGGCUUAGGCUACAAUGCCCUUCUGGUGCUGGCCAACCUGACCAGCAAGAACACCAUGACCAUGCCUGACGUGUACUUCGUGAACAUGGCCGUGGCAGGGUUGGUGCUCACGGCGCUGGCACCUGCAUACCUGCUGGGCCCCGCCCACUCCAGGUGGGCCCUGUGGAGCCUCAGCAGCGAAGCCCACGUGACACUGCUCAUCCUGUUCAACGUGGCUUCCCUGGUGACCAUGUAUUCCACCGCACUGCUGAGCCUUGACUACUACAUCGAGCGUGCCCUGCCUCGCACCUACAUGGCCAGUGUGUACAACACCAGGCACGUGUGCGGCUUCGUCUGGGGAGGGGCAGUGCUCACCAGCUUUUCCUCCCUGCUCUUCUACAUCUGCAGCCAUGUGUCUUCCCGGAUCGCCGAGUGUGCCCGGAUGCAGAACACGGAGGCUGCUGACGCCAUCCUUCUGCUCAUCGGCUAUGUGGUGCCAGGUCUGGCCGUGUUGUAUGCGCUGGUGCUCAUCUCAAGAAUCGGGAAGGAAGACACGCCCCUGGACCAGGAUGCCAGCAGGCUGGACCCCUCGGUGCACAGGCUGCUGAUGGCCACUGUGUGCACGCAGUUUGGGCUCUGGACACCUUACUACCUAAGCCUGGGGCACACGGUGCUGGCCUCACGGGGCAGGACCGUAGAAGGGCAUUAUGUGGGCAUCCUGCAGGUUGCUAAGGACCUGGCCAAGUUCCUGGCCUUCUCAAGCAGCUCUGUGACACCACUGCUCUACCGGUACAUCAACAAAGCCUUCCCCAGCAAGCUCCGGCGGCUGGUGAAGAAGAUGCACUGUGGGCACCGGCACUGCUCCCCUGACCCUGGGGGGAUACAGCAGGUGAUGGCACAGGCGUAGUUAACCCCUCCCCGGUCCUGUGUCCUAGGAGAGGACCUGACCAUGAGGAACACUAAAACUCAACUGGACGCAUAGCACUUUGUUCCCCGCGCACAAUGGCGCUUCUGUCCCCAGGACCCACGCUGGAGCCAGGAUGGCGCAGGGGGUGCAUUUCUCUUGAUGUUUUGUGUUUCCCCCUAAAAGGCCAAGGUUUCCACUUUUAGCCUUAAGCUGCAUUGUGGACAGCGGCAGUGCUCCGUGUGAACAGGCUGCUUCUAACUAACCUUGCCACCCUAC